AUGCCAGAGGAGAUGGAGAAUAACAACUUUAUUCCAACACUACAAGGGCCACCACCUCACUAUACUGGGCCUCAGAGCAGUUUAGCUGGGUAUCCAGGGGAUAAUGCUAAAUAUGCUUCAGUGAUUAGGGAUAAAAUGGGCUCUGAUCCCUCAGUUACUCACACUCACACCCACCACCAUUCUUACGUGGAAAAUACCUUUAGACCCCAGCAACCAAUUACUUAUGAUGCAGCUUCACGCCUUGUACUUGCUGUGCCUGCUACCAAUAACACCUAUGGUAAUUCCCAGCCCGCUGGGCCAGCAGAGGGCUUUGCUGCUAGCGUGGUGGCAUCGCCUAAAGGCCCCUCUCACCACCAACAACAUAAUCGGCCUUUUUACGGAGGCGCGUCAACCCUUGGGCUUCAUUCUCAAGGACCAGAACAAAAUCAGCCAACCCACGAACAUUCAAGGCACGUUAGCAACGAGCUUCGCGAGACCAGCCACACAGUUCCUUCGCGUCCCGCCUCCCAUGCAGCAUUAGCUACUCUUACGAGCAAAUCAAACGUUACAACCUCGCAGGGAACCGGCGGCUUGGGAGGAGGAAAUACUGCAGAGAUGGAAUUUUAUUACCAUAACCAUGGGAUUCCGGGAACGAGAUCGAAUCAUAGAAUGGUCACUGCGAUCAACCCAGCACUGGCAGCUCAUCCGUUGCAGAAUCUGGCUGGGAUAGAGACAGGAGGGCAUCAUGGACAUGGGGGAGAGUUUGCCGUUCACUUCAAUCCUCAUCGUCACAGCCCUCAACGUACUCAUCAUGGGGGACAGCAUAGCUUUUCACUCGACCCAGGCUCUUCUCAUUACCCACCUCCAGCGUUUGCGCCGUCUAUGCCACGUUCAGUCCCGCCGAUUAAUUUCGCGAAGCACGCAAAAAAUGCAACUGUAUCGGCUCCUGCGACCUCAGCGCCCACCCCUGCUUCCAAGACGAGACCUGCAAGCCCAGCAGGGCCGUUUAUUCCAGGGCCUGAUAGCAUAAGUCCUACAAAACAAGAAGAAAAAUUCAAUGUUCAGAAGUUGUUGCUGGAACGGCUUGGGGAGAAGUCAGCCGCUGAAGCCCUCGACAUCGACUUUUCGAUGCUCACCUUUAACCAGGCUGAUCACUAUCUUGACCUUAUCGGUGCCCCCCCUAGGCCAAAACCAGAAGUACUAGCUGCUCGGAAUGCGAUCACUGGGGAGGGAGAAGCGGCGACGUCUAAGGUGGCUCCUCAAAGUUUGGCUCCAGGAAAGUCUAUGAAGGCAUCUUUAAGUCCUGACGACCAUCAACUUCUACAUCGAACUUCGCACAACCAUUCCACUCAGAAACAUCCUGAUGAUCUCGCUAGAGGAGUUGCGUUAGCAGCAAAAUAUAAUAUUCCAGGUUUGGCUAUUACACGAGUUGCAAAAUUCCGUCAAGAGCGUGAAGCUGCUAUGGCUCAGGAAAAGGAGUCUCCACAAAUCGCGGCUGUAUCCCGGGCGCCAUCGCCUAAGCACGAUACAGGCGAGAAUUUCGCUAGCCCUGCCUGGGAUGUCAGCAACCUUCGAAAAGCCGGGGUCAUCCCAUCAGCUACUCCAGGACCAAGCGAAACGAAAAAUAUCACCACAGCCCACAGAUCAGGAGCCCGCAAGAAUUUCCCACCUCCAGGAUUGAUUCGUCCUCAUGUUAACUAUUACCCUGGAGAUUAUGUGGGGAUUAAUCGCCCCGUCCCGUGGGUUGUGGAUACUCCUGAAGAAGCCGAAAAGAAAGCCAAGAAGGUGGAGGCUGCUACCACUUCUGAAGCUGAGAAGCCACUUCCUGUGCUACCGCCUGCACGCACAUUGCAACAAAGUCCUAUCGGUACCGAACGGCGCUCCAUGCUACUCGCUGGGGAACGAAAUGCUCGUGUUAGCGAAACUCUUAAAUGGUACCGUGCAGACUACCGUUGGAACGAAGGCCUCCGCGAACGUUUGGAUACUAUAAUGAAGGAAAACCAGCAUUACCAGGAGAAUUCACAGGCACCUGUAGCUGUUCCCAAAGAGCUCUUUGAUUCGGCUGAGCAAAAUACCGCUUUGCUUGCCCAGGCCAUUGUUAAUCUCCAGUCUUACCUUGAGGGAGACGCAAGAGAGCAGUCCGAAAAUUUCGCUCAAUAUGGACCAGUCCCUGAUGAAUGCUGUGAGCCAUCCAAGGACGGGAACUUCAGCCUUUUUGAUGUCCAGCCAGGUCCCUUUAGAGGACCAGAGACGAGAAAUUAA